AUGAAGGGUGAUACUCCUUAUGAGUAUAAAUUUGACGUAGGCUUCUGCAGAAAGUGCCUAUAAUGCUAAGAUGGGCUGUAUCUUCUUAAAAAUUAAACUGGAGUGAAUAGUAGUUUAUACCCAAACUAUCUUUCAUUUUGUGUACCUGAUUGCUAGUUAGCUGGAUAUUAAUAUGUGAAUAACCCGGUAACUGGAAAAUGCUAAUCAUGCGGAAAUCAUUGCAAAUCCUGCAACAUUAAUUAUGGCUGUGAAACUUGUAUUCCUGAAGGUUAAUCGCAGGGAUGGGUUAAUGCAAUUGAACAAAGCAUUUCUUCAGGAUUCUAUAAGUGUUAAGUUAUAGUUGUGUUGAGAAUCAGCCUUAGAUUUACAUGGAUAAUUGUUUGCAAGCAUCAUUUUAAGAUCCAUCUAUUUGCUCAGUUUGUGAUGAUGCAUUUUAUCUAAACUAGUUUGGCUAUUGUAGCAAAUGUGAAGUUAAAAAUUGCAGAAACUGUGAUACCUCUGAAUCAACUUGUUAAGAGUGCCAAUAAGGCUACACAUUAUACAAUAAUAAAUGCUAUGUUAAUACAGACUGUAAAAGUUGUACCAAUGGAUUUAUCUUUUAGAAUAACUGUCUAUCUCAGUGCCCUUCAGGGUACUAUGGAUACAAAGAUAUGCCACGAUAACUGCAAAGAAUGUGUAGGGGAACUUGAAACUGAAUGUAUCAGAUGUCCAUAUGAGACUUAUCUCAGUAAAAGUGACAUAAAAGUUUCUUUCGGUGAAUGUAUUACGAAACCUUAUUCUACUUUCCAAGUUAAUAUUUAUGUUGCAGCCCCAUCAUCAAAAGAUUUUUAAUCUUAAGAUUCUGACGGCUCAAUACUUAAUCCAUUUUAUGAUAUAAGAGAUGCUUUGAUUAAAAUGUAUGAAGAUUGUGCUGAUGUUUAAGAAAAAUGUUACUCUUAUUGCUUAACUACUGGAGAUAAAGUUAUAAUCAAAAAUAAGAUAAGAGAUCGUCUGAAUAUUAAAGUAGGUUAAGGUUUAACAAUAACAAAUGUGAUAAUAGAUAGUUUAGAUUCAAUUGUUGAUACAAGUGAGACUGCCUCUUGCCUUUCUGAUAUCCUAGAUUGUUGUUAAAUUGAUAGUUUGACAAACUUAAUUAAAGAUAAGAUCAUAGGUAAUAGUAUCUGCUAACCAGCCAAUCAAAGAUUAACUGAGGAGUGCAAUAUUGCAAGUGGUGGAUAUUUCAUUAAAUUUGACAUUUCUAGCAAUACUGUCCUGAAUUCCCCUCCAACUUUAAUCAUAAAUAACUGUGAAUUCAAGAAUUUUAUCUUUAACUUCAAUUCAUUAAUUGAAACUAAUCCAAAUGGAGGACACAUUAAUAUAACGAAUUCUAUUUUUGAUAGAUUUACCUCAUGCGGUGCUAUUAUUAGAAAUUUCAGACGAGAAUAUGUCCCUUAUUAUGAGGACGCUGAUUAGCUCUACAGAAAUCAUUGGUACCGCCAAAAUAACAUAGUAGCUGAUAUCUAUGAAAGAAUUUACUUUGAAGAAAACAACCUUGGCACCUAUUGUACAUCCAAUUGUGAGAGCUUAAUUAUUAAUAGCACAACUUUUAGCAAUUUCGGAAGAGAUUUUACCAAGAUCGAUACUAUAGUCGAUAUUAAUCCUGCUUUGGGACUUCAUAAAUAAGCUAGAAUAGUAAAUCUGAAUAAUUUUAGAGGAUUAGUAAAAAUAGAGAACUCCAUUUUUGAAGGAAAUAUUCUCGGAUAUAAUGGAGGAUGUAGCAUUCACUAUUAAGAUUAAAGUUAUAAAAAUAAGAAAGAUAAUGAUGAUUAUUUUGUGUAUUACUGGUCUAAUAAUCAAUAUUGGAGUAACUACAUAUAGCUGAAGAGUUUAAUUACUAUUGAAUAUCAAUAGGGGAGUAUUUAAAUUCUAAACAAUAUUUUCAAGGGUAACUCAGUCAUUAAGGGUUUGAUCUAUAUUGAUGGAGAUUAUAUUACACCUAACUAUUUAGAACAGGAUAUAAUGAUUUAAGGGAAUUAAUUUAAUUAGAACUUUGCUUACUUAUCAACUUUAGCAAUAUAUAUUAGAAGAUAUGAUCCAAACUUUGAAGAUCAUGAUAUAAUUAAUUCUAAUUAUAUACCUUGCAGUGGAAUAAUUAUUAACGAAAACCAUUUUGAAAAAAAUUUCGGAUGCCCUUUGUAUGGGGGUGGUUUGAUAACUAUAGAUUGCUAAUAAGAAUCAUAUUAUGAUGAAUUGGAUAAUUCCUAUCCAUUAGAUGUCAAUAACAGAUAUACACCAGACGGUAUUUUGGAACUUAAAAAUACUCAUAUUACAUUAGAUGAUGGAAUAUAAGAUUUAAAAAAGAUAGAACUAAGUGAUAAUUUCUACUAGUAAAACUUUGCGUCUUAUGAUGAAGGGUUGAUUACUUUAAGAGGGAUUUUACUAGUAUAUAUGCAAAAUGAAACAUUCAACUCAAACGGAGAAAAUGUUAUGGAAACAUUCCAAAAUCAAUUUUAAGAACUUGUUUCUUCCCAGAAACCUACCUAUUAUAAUAUGUAAGGGCUUAUCUUAGCAGCGUAUUGCCUUUAUUUAAAAAUAGAUGGUGCUUUUGUUUCUGAUAAUUUCUUGUUUGAAUAUGAUGUCAAUAUUAAUAAAGGAUCAUUUAUAACAAUGGAUCAUUUUGAAGGAAUAAUUGAAAUAAAUAAUUCUUAAAUUUACAAUUUCUACAGUUUCUUGAGAAAUCUAUUCAUUUAUGAAUAAGGAUAUGAUGUUGGAGAAAUUAACCUAGAUUAGACUACACCUAUUAUAGGAGCAAAUAAAGAAUCUAAAAUGGUAGGAUUUUACAUGCACAAUACCGUGCUAGAUACAUUUUAUUUUACAUUGUACAAUCAUUAACAAAUAGGUUUUAUUUUUUUUGGAGGUUUCUGCUAUAAAUAUCAUUCUUACUUUUCUUUAAAAGCAGAAAUUGUUUACCUUUCCAACAUUCAUGCAAAGGACAUCAACAAUGGUCAAGACUUUUUUACUUAUAUAGAUGAAGAAGAUUUUAAUGGUCAAAUGUUCCAGCUUGACAUUUCUGAUUCAUCAGAUAGUCAAUUUAUUCUAAGUAAUUCAACAUUUGAUUCAGUUGAUGGUAAUUCGGCGGGAAUCAUUCCAAACUUACUCUAAAAAAUUGUUCAUUUGAAGAAACUUUAUCUAUCACCAAUGGAUUGGAUGAAAUUUGUAAUUAGAAAUAGCUAGGUAAUUUAAAGAGGAAAUAGUUCAAUGUCCUAUGAAUUUGAUACUUACUAUGUUGAGGAAUUAAGCUAUGAAUCAAAUUAUUAAGCUUCAGGUUAGAGAAAUUAUGGAAGUGCAAUAUCUAUCAAUACAUUAGACAAUUAACUUGAAGUAUAUUCUGAGAACAAUCAUUAUGAGGGAUGUAGAUUUGCAUAGCAAGGAGGAGUCUUUUAUAUUGUUUCUGAUAAUAAAGUAACUUUUACAGAGACAAACUCUACUUAUCUAAAUAUAUAAGGAAUUAUAGGAGGUGUAAUUUACUGCCUUAACUGUAAUAAAUUCGAAUUAAAUGAUGCAAAUUUCCAAUACAUCUAAUCGUAUCAGGGUGGACUUUUCUAUUUUAUUUAAUCAAGUAUAAUCGGCCUAGAUAUUAUCAUUAAAACAACAGAAACAUCUGACUUAAUUGCUUUUGAUAAUGGCGGAAUGCUUCUGUUUAAUGGAAAUUAGUCUCUUAUUUCUAUAUACGUUGAAGAAUCUAAUUUUACUAAUAUCUAGUCCGUAACAAUUGAUUCAACAAUAUUUUCAGCUUUGAAAUGUCGUUUCGAGGAUAUAUUGAGUCUCAGGUAUGGUGGAAUAAUCUUGAUUGGAUCAUAAAAUCGGGCAGAUAUUAGCUUUGUCUAAAGCACUAUUUUUAAUGUAAAAGCUAACUUUGGUGGUUCAAUUAUUUAUUCAAGAAAUAAAAAUGGCCGUAUUAAUUUGAUAUUGGAAAAAAAUAACGUAUAAUGCCUUGAAGAUCCAUAUGAUUUAACAGGUGAAAUGUAGGAUUUCUUUGAAAAUUAAAAUGAAGAAAAAUCAUACAGACAUGCUAUCUAAUGCUAUGCAAUGCUAUAAUCUACUCUAAAUUCCAAUGAAAACACAUUUAAAAAUUGCGCCUAAAAACUUUAAAAAGUUUGGAAUUUAGAUUAAGAAUAUAAAUGGACGAUAACAUCUGGCGGGGUAUACAAUCUUUAAACUUAAAGUUCAUUUGUUGUUAAAGAUAAAUAUUCUUUGUAUGAAAAUAAUUCGGCAGAAUAAGGAUCAAUCUAUUAUUGCUAGAAUUGUGAUUUAACUAUAUCAAACAAUGUUUAUCUAAACAACUAUUGUUUUGAAGGCUGUAUUGUUUAUUCAAACAUGUUUCAAUUAGUGACGGAUAUCAAAAGUUCCAGAUUUGAAGAUAAUUUAGCUCUCUUUUAAGGUGCAAUUAUAUUACAACAUCACAAUAUAAAAUUUCAAGGUGGUUAGGACAUUUACAUUGAAGAUUGUGAAUUUACAACAGACAUGGAGAAAUAUUGGUACUUCCAGCCUUAUUAGAGCUAUUCAAACCAAGAAGUUACUUCUGGUUUGCUAUUUGAUAUUAAACAAAUAAUAACAUUUGUCAUUAAAGAUAGAAACCUGGAAUAAAUCUCUUUUUCUGAUAAUACAGCUUAGUACGGAGGAGCUCUUUAGCUACUAGAUGAAUCUGAAAUUUAAAUAGAUUCUUCAUAUUUUGAAUAUAAUUGGGCAUAUUAUGAUGCUGGUGUCAUACUCUAGAAAAGAUACAUCCCAACUUAUAAGAAGAGCUCAAAACUCUAAAUUUAAGAUUGUGAAUUCUACUACAAUCAUGCAAAUGAAGAUGGAGGAGUGCUUAAACUAGAUGAAAAAUAUCUUGAUUUAACAAUAGAGUAUUCAACUUUUGAGCUAUCUUCAGCAGACUCUGGAGGAAAUUUGAAACAAGCUUAUUCUGAAAGCAAUAAAUACUCUAAAUGUUAUGACGCUUAUUCAGGAGGAGUUAUAAAUUUGUUUAAUUCUUAUUUCGAUGAAGAUGGCUCAACCUAUGAAUCUAAUGAUGGUGGAGUUAUUUCUAUUGAUAAUAAAGGCAAACUAAAUGCUACUGGAUGCAGUUUCUUAGAUAAUUAAGCUGUCCAAAAAGGAGGAGUGAUAAAUUUAGUUACUAAAUCACACUUCUAUAUUUCAGAUUCCAAGUUUAUUAGUAAUAUUGCUGUUGAAAAUUCAAUUCUCAAUGUCCUAGAAUCAGAUGAACACAAUAAUGCUAUUGAAAACUCAAAGAAUAUUUUUGUUGGCUUUUCAAAUUUGACUAUUAUUAAUACGAAGUUUCUUGAUUCUGCGAGAUUCAUAACUUAAUAUCACUGGUUCAAAGUUUGA